AUGGCCGCGGAACCGAGCAGUUCGUCCGUGCUCCCAAGGCGCACAAAGCAUCGCGACCACCCGGGAUUCGAAGAGCUACCUCCCGGCGUGCAGGAAUUUUUCAAGGAGAGACUGGAAUUAGAGUACGAAAUUAGUGUGUUUCGAGAACAGAGAAUAUUCGGUCCUUCAAGUGAGUGGGUCGGAGAGCAUCCCAUCUUCGGCAGUGAUGUGUUCAUUCGUCACAUUCCGCCAGAUUUGUACGAGGAUGAGUUGGUUCCGUUCCUAGAAUCGGCGGGAAAUGUCUUCCAGGUGCGAUUGUUGCUGAAAAAUUCCGGCCAAGCGCGAGGAUUUGCGUAUGUUACGUAUUCAAACCCUGACGUCGCCAUCAAUGCAAUUCGGAUUCUAAACAAAGUACCCAUUCGCCCUCACAAAUACUUACACUUAACGAAAUCUCGCGACUCUCAUGCUCUGAUUGUUUCGAGAAUUCCAAAAGAUAAAUGUAAGAGUGAAGUGUUCGAAAGUUUUUCUAAAUGGAUGUCUGGGGUUCACGAUAUCACUAUGAGCAAUUCCACAAUGGAACCGGGAAAGAAUGCCGGUUUUGUAUUUGUACAAUUUAAGAGCCACAGAUAUGCCGCAAUUGCAAGAGAAUUUAUUCAGAAUGAAGCCACGUUUUGGGGGAUGCGCCUUGCUGCACAGUGGGCUGUGCCAGAACGCGAAGCAUGCCCGAAGGAAAACGAGAACUCAAGAAUUCGUUGUAAUUACCCUAUUUUGUCCAAUGUUAUUUAUGGCAAUAAUGGAGGGAUUUCGAAAAACGUCUUAUCUACCAUUUUCGAAUGGCCAUAA